AUGAACACGUCCGUGGAGUCGGUGUCCGAAUUUGUGCUGCACUGCGUGAUCAAUUCCAGCCAGAGGAACUAUACAAUUGCGGCUCUCAUCUUCAUUUACUUGACGUCACUUUCUAGCAACCUGCUGGUUGUUCUGGUCAUAAUGCAGAACCAUCAGCUUCAAACACCUAUGUUCCUUUACAUUGCAACUCUUGCAAUAUUAGACUUACUGAACAGCACUAAUAUUAUUCCACGAAUGGUAGCGGCCCUCAUUUCGGAUUACCUUCCUGUCCCGUAUGGACCCUGCAUUCUGCAGAUUCACGUGGAAGCUCACAUUCAAAUAGUAGGAACUCUUCUUUUAUCCCUCAUGGCGGUUGACCGCUAUGUUGCUGUAGUUUAUCCCCUCAGAUACCCUUCACUGAUCACUAAUAAAACAGUCUUGGCCUGCCUCUUACAAACCAAUGUUAUUGCAAGUUUAUUCAUCAUACCGUUGACAGUUUUAUUGACCGAACUUCCUUUUUGUCAAGAUAACGUCCUUUCUUCUUGUUUCUGUGAUUAUUCUACAAUGGUUCAGAAGUCAUGUACUGAAGAUCCCAAGUUUCUAAUUUAUCUCUCCGGCCUGACAGUUGUCUUUGUCACUGGCCCAUUGUUACUGAUCUUGUACUCUUACUUUCGAAUCACAUUGGCAGCACUUCAAAUUUCAUCUGCUGAAGGAAGAAAAAAGGUUUUUAGCACCUGUCUGACUCACCUACUGGUGGUUGGAACUGUUUACAUACCUUUGUUUUUGUCAUACGUCUUACCAGGAACUGGGAUAAUCUUAUCUAUUGAAGCCUACAACAGUCUCAUCAUUGUUGGCACUACAAUCCCUCCCAUGUUAAAUCCAAUUAUUUACAGUUUUCGCAAUAAGGAGAUCAAAACAAGCAUUUACAAGAUUUUCACACAGAGAAAGGGAAUGGUGGACGUUAAAUCCUGA